AUGUGCAGACUGAGUGAAGAGAGUUUCCAGCUGCUAUUGGCCCUCCUCCAUGAAAUCCAGGACCAGGACUUGACCCGUUCCUUCUUGAGUAAGGUUGGUGGAGACCUGACCUCCUGCGGUCUGAACUGGGAGGUUCUUCAGUAUCUGCUGCAGCAGGAGUCAGCUCAGACCAUCACUGUGAACCUGAGGAAGAACUGCUUCUUACCGGAAAGCAUCACACGUCUGCUUCCCUUUCUGGACAGGAUUGUAUUCAAAAGGCCCAGUCCCAGCUUUGUGUUGACCACCAUCAGAGAGAUGUAUAAAGCUCAAACACGUCACAUUAUACCCAGUUUACUGAGCUCACUGGAUCAUGUGAUCAACCUGACCUGCAGAGAGCUGGACUCAGUGGACUGCGCUGCUCUGAUCUUCAUCCUUCAACACAGUGAAAGAAUUAAAGUAAACCUGCAGUGGACCUCCAUACCAACAGAGGAAAUAGAGUCCAUCCUCUCUACACUGGACAAAGUCUCUCAACUCAGUGUUGACAGGAAUCUGUUGCUGAGGUUGAUCCACUGCUGUGCUGCCUCUGAUGCCCAGCAGGGGGCAGCAUCAGACCUGCUCAGGACUCUACAGCACAGGCUGGAUCUGUCCUGCUCCUCCUGUGUGGAGCUGUCAGAGGAGGAUCAGACUGAGCCUCUGAGUCUGACCUUUGCUGACUGCAGGGCCGUCUCCACCAUCCUGAGACACUGCAGCCUCGACACACAGCUGGACCUGAGAGACUGUGAGGUGGAAGACAGCAGUCUGGACCUGCUGCUUCCUGUCCCAGACAGAGUCUGUCUCCGAGCCAGUAAAGCUGUCCUCCUCCAGCUGGUGUCCCUGGUUCCUGGGAGCAGUGAGAGGAACGCAGUGAGACGGGGAGUGUCCCUGUGUAGAGCCCUGGGUGGAGAGCUGGACCUCAGUCACACCACACUGGAUCAGAGCACCUGUGCAGCUUUGGCCCAGAUGCUGGACUUCUCUGACGGGCUGACAGAGCUGGAUCUCAGUCACUGUCAGCUCACUGACCAGCUGCUGCUCACACUCAUCACACAUCUGCACAAAGUACAAGUCCUGGAUCUGAGCCACAAUAAGAUCACAGAUGCUGCCACACACAGGUUACUCCAGCUGGUCUCCAUCAACCCUUCCAUUGAGACUGUGCGACUCUUCAACAACAACAACAUUGUGGACAGAACUCCCUUUAAGGAAGACAAGCGCUUUGAAAUAUGGUGA